CGCCGUUACCACACUCGCGUACACGAGCGUCGUUCCGUUGAACCAUCCAGGAACAUCGACACUCGUGCGGCGACCGCGACCGCGACCGCCAACAAACAAACCGACAUCCGCGAUUUAUUCCGCGCGCGGUUUCCGCUACCGAUCGUGCCUCGAUCCUCUCACUCUCGUCUGUCGAUCGAUUUUCAUCCAUUACGAUGAGCCAUCGCGCGUGCACCACUUGGCGACAAAUAUCGCACGAUCAUUAUCGCGGGAAUUUUCACGGUGCGACGAAGAAUUAGUCGAAGAGUAGCCUUCUUGUGCGCGACAUUGUUGACAUUGCGCUUUUGAUUCCUGUUUCAAUUGCGAAUAUUUCUUUGGUACGGUGAAAACGAUGGAAGAAUGAGUGUAGAUGGUUUUGAUGAUUUAGCAAAUUAGUAUACGAAUCAACCAAAGCCAUCGACCACCGCCACCAAACAACCAUUACAUUUCCGGCCGCUUGUUGUUCCGCGAAUUAGCGUAAGCCCGGUAUUAAUUAAUCCAUGAAUCGACACGGCAAUAAUGAACGGGACAGGCGUCUAGAUCGAUCGAUCGUUCGAAAUCAUCGGCAACUUUUCCAAAGAUCCCGUCGAAACGACAAUCAGGAGUUUCGAAAUUUGAAUUUUCGAAAAGCGAUAAAGUGAUAAAGGAACGGAAAGAGUCGAAGACGCGUAUAUGCGUGACAAACAAGAGAGAAGUCCACGGAGAAAUCAAAACGGAGAGUUGCAAAGGUGACGGAAAUAGGAUUCGAGAAUUGAAAAGUUUUUCAAAGUGUCUAAAGUCAGGAAAAUUGGACGGCGAAUGGGAAGAGCCAGGUAACGGAAAAACUUUAGAAGUAAAGUUGAAAACGUCGUAAGAAAUUGGUGACAUAUUUCGACUGAUAUAUUUCCGUACCCAUGACGAAAUAGAAGAAGGAACGAGUUGAGAAACAGAAGGCGAAGAAGGCGACGAUCCAAGUGAGAGGGGAGAGUGCGACUAAAGGUGGUGGAAAAAAGUAAACAAUCCUUUGUACGUAGGGGUGAAAGACGAGGAAAUCGAAUGAGAGAAACAAAGUGACAUUAAUAGCGACGGAGGAAUCUUGACAGGAAGAAACGACCUUCGGGUAGAUAUCUAAUAAUAAAGAGACACGAGGCUGAAGGGAAUAUGAAGAGAAAGAAAUAAGAUUAAGCGAUCGAGGCAAGAAAAGCACGGACAAGGAGGAGUUUGUUGUGGCAGUGGUGAAACGGAUAGAGACGCGAAAUCGAAGCUAGGGGGAAAAAAAGAAGAAAAAGAAAAAGAAGAAGUAUUCGAUCGAAUGAAUAACCGAGACAUGAGUGGGUGGAAGCAUGAGAAUUCCAAGUGGAUGUCUUUUCUCGGCUACACGUUACACCGGCCACCGGCACUCGCGUCACGUAUCCAUUGAGGGACAAAAAUGGGUGCCAACCAGUCACGAAACGAGCCUACUCCUGGGGAAGAAGAUCCUACGCGCCAUCGGGAAAGGAAGUUUUGGAAAGGUGUGCAUAGUGCAGAAACGGGAUCGUACUGGAAAUAUGUACGCGAUGAAGUAUGUCCACAAGGGUGAAUGCGCGGCAAGGGGCGCGUUGAAGAACGUCGCGCGCGAAGUGGAAAUCCUCUCACAACUGGAACACCCCUUUUUGGUAAACCUGUGGUUCAGUUUCCAAGACGAAGAGGACCUCUUCAUGGUUUCCGAUUUAUUGCUCGGCGGUGACCUGAGGUACCAUAUCCAACAAGAGGUCGUCUUCACGGAGGAGAGCAUAAUACUUUACGUCGCCGAGAUCGGUUUGGCUUUGGAUUAUUUGCAAAGUCACAAUAUCGUGCAUCGUGACAUAAAGCCUGAUAACAUUCUGCUGGACGAGGAAGGACACGCGCACGUGACAGAUUUCAACAUCGCAACCGUGCUGAAGGGUGGAGAAUUAGCUUCGUCGAUGUCAGGAACAAAACCGUACAUAGCUCCAGAAAUCUACAUGUGCUACUUGUCGGAAUACUGUACUCUUGGCUACAGUUAUGCCGUAGACUGGUGGAGUCUAGGAAUUCUUGCUUGGGAAACUCUCGCAGGAGAACGUCCUUAUCCCCUUUGUUCCACUACGACAUACAGAGAAGCUUUGGAGAUCCUUCAAGAUGAAAGACCGACACCUACUGGCUGGAGUUCCACGAUAUGCGAGCUUCUGGAUAAAUUGUUAACCUUGGCACCAGGCGCACGAAUAUCAACGUUAAAGGAACUGAAGCAAGUGAACGCUAUGAAAGAACUCGACUUUGACAAAGUAUUGAACAAGCAGAUCAAGCCAUCGUUCACACCGCCAAAGGAUCAUCUGAAUUGCGAUCCGACGUUCGAACUAGAGGAAAUGAUUAUUGAGACAAAACCGUUGCACAAAAAAAAGAAACGUCUCGCGAAGCAAAGAUCGUUGAAAGUCGAUCAUCCACCCGAAGACACGGGGGUUGGAUUCGUGGAGGGUGCUGGACCAAGCGUCGAUUUCAGAAGAUUAACAUUCAUUCCAGAAUAUCGGGUGUACAAUCGGGAACGCGAGAUGGAAAGGAAGGAAAGGGAGAGAAAAGAGAAACAGUGGGAGGAGGAUUUGAACACUGCCAUGAAGGGUGCCGAAGAAAGGCUGAAGACGAAACAACAGCCAGCACAGCAAACCGGAAACCGAUUGAGCGUAUCGACUGCUAACGUGAAGACACGCAUAAGUGCAUCCCCGAGGCAAGGAAGACGGAUUAGCACUGCAACGCCGUCGGAUAUCGACUAUAUCGAUGCAAGUCCUGAACCUUCCACAUCGUAAAUUCCUUCUGAAUGCUUUGUUAUGUGAAAAAAAUCGAAGUAUAUAACUGUAAAGAACAUUUUAAACAGUGAACUUCGUUGAAAUUUACAUUUGUUCUCCAAUAUUAUCCAAUAGAGUGAAAUAUUUAUAAAAUUCAUUCUCGAUCGUGAUAAAUUUAAAUCUAGUCUUUUGACGGUCGACGGUUUUUUUUUGAUUUCAGCAAUUGUUAGAAGUUAAUAUAAUAGUCAUAAAUUCAGAAAAACAAUUAAAAUUUUACUCGUCUCUUCUUUUUUUUUUUUUUGUAUUUUUUUUUAAAUUAGCGUGAUCACACUAGUACUAAAAAGUACUAAAAAGAAAAGAGAUAAAUGUUUAAAAUAGCGUUAUAAAAGAUAUAUACAAUGCUGCAAGCAAUGUCCAUUAAAUGAUUCCAUUUAUAUUUUAAUUUUCAUGGAAAAAAAGAAAUACUGAAUUAUUCGAUCUAUCAGAAUGAAUAUUGUAACAAUUUA